AUGCGCACACAGCAAUUCCGAAAACAAGGGCCAAACACACCAGGAAUCAGAGCUCUAGCCACCGCCGCGGUCUUCCUGCUGGUCACGCUCUCCACGUCGCACAUUGCCUCCUCCCUUCGCCCAGGCCUCGGGGUCUGCCGUGCCAGCGGCUAUCUCCCAGGCAGGUCCGGCAACUGCGAGAAGAGCAAUGACCCGGAUUGUUGCGAAGACGGUAAGAGGUACUCGCAGUACCACUGCUUGCCGCCGGUCACGGCGACCACCAAGGCCGUCCUGACGCUCAACAGCUUCGAGAAGGGCAAGGAUGGCGGUGGCCCGUCAGAGUGCGACAACUCCUACCACAGCGACAAGGAACUGGUCGUUGCGCUCUCCACCGGCUGGUUCAAGAACAUGGCACGUUGCGGCCAUCGCAUCAAGAUCACCGCUAACGACAAGUCCGUGUAUGCCAAGGUGGUGGACGAGUGCGACUCCGUGUAUGGCUGUGACGCCGACCACAACUACGAGCCUCCGUGCGAUAAUAACAUCGUUGAUGCCUCACCGGCGGUGUGGAAUGCCCUGGGGCUCGACCAGAACGUCGGCAUGGAUGAGAUCACCUGGUCAGAGGAGUAA